AUGGAUAUACAUAAAACAAUAAGUACUAUAAGUCCAAAUCUGGAAAAAGUGAUAGAAGAGGCAAGCUGCCAGUGCGAAUUAGGCCGUGAAAAAAUAUUGACUGCACCACCUUAUACGCGAGGAUGUUUCAUUCAAGGGGACGAGGCCAAAUCUCGAUACUCAACUGCGCCGUGUGCAAGAGAUUUCGAGCAAUUUAAAUGUCCAGUCAGCCACACAUUAGUCACCUUCAAGUCGCCUAUGCAUCCCAAUGAAGUAUUCAGUAAAGUCUUCCCGACAAAUUCACCAAUCAAAUUUGUCAAACGCAAAUUGUCCAAACUAUUAUCAGUUUCAAAUAGCAACUUACUAUUAACCAAAAAUCGUACUGUCCUUAAAGAAACCACCUUAUUAUCCGAUUUGAAAUCCGACACUCUUAAUAAUUUGAUAAUCGAUGUGUACACAAAAGAUUCAGAAGAGUUUAGCUUGUCGUCGAUACCAAAAGAAAGCUACGUUCAUGAACUUCUUCAUUCAAUCCUGCCGAAGAAAAGAACUUUACCUUUUAUAGCAAUAAAGUUUAGAAUACGCAGCCAAAAUUGCACAUUCACACGGUCGUAUCACUCUAUUAUUAAAAUUCACGAGAUAAAAAAGAACUUGGCUGGACUAUUUCAAGUAGACCACGAUAACCUUGUUUUAUUACGCGGGGAAAGCGCCUUAAAGGACCGCAUGGCCCUUUUGGAUCUGGAUUAUAACAAGUAUGGAAUAGCCGAAGUCGAAUUAUUAACAAAAGACAAUAAAAAAUUGAAUUUGGAUAAGUUAUAUAAGGAAGUGCCAAAUAACGAUGUCUUAGCCGUCACUGUACCUUUUGGCAGUACUUUAAAACAAAUAAACGUUGAAAUAUUUUCUGAGCCAAUUAACAAACCAUUUUUAGGUGGAUACAAGAAUAUUCACACAGGUGUCAUUUAUCACCAUGCCUACACACAAACACCUCAAAAGCCGGAGAAAGUAUCUCCAGAGAAUAAAAAUUGCAGAGAUACUCAAACAACCGAAGAAAGAGAAAAAAUCGUGGAUACCAACUACAGCCGAUCUACACAGAUGACCAACGACCAAGUGUAUAUUCCGAAUGUGACUGAUAAAAUUAUUACCCCAAACCCUUAUGAAACUUAUGACGAGAUGCUUAUGCGCUUGAAUCACAGCCACUAUGCUACUGUCAUUCAACGCGCAUUCAGACAUUACCAAUUCAGGCAAAAAGUGAACAAUUGGCUUCAAGAAUGCAAAGAAAGGAUACAGAAGAUGAAUGAAGAAGAAAGACGAGAACGUGAGGCUAUGGAAAGGCGUCUGCGUAAAGACCUCAUUACUAAAACAUUUCCCAAGACACGUGAAGACUUUGACCAACUGUAUGCCAUGGUUGACCGUUGGAAACAUGCUGAAAUAGCCAGAAUUUCAAGACUGCACUCUAAAGGUCCCAAAAUAGCAGAAUUUUCCUUGCUACUCGACAAAGAAGUAGAAUUGCUUCGUUGCAUAGAAUCAUACAGAGUGAAGGUAAGAGAAGACAACCGCAAAAUGAAGGAGAAAAGGUUUUUAGAAGAAAUAUCAAAACCCGUUGCAUGGUUCGGCCGGGAUGGAAAACUUAUUACAAUGGAAACUGUAGAAAUACAGAAAGCAAGGAAACUUAAAGAACUCUAUAAUUCCUUUAUACGCGAGGAUAUGGAAACGAACGAAAGGAUUGAGCUACUUGUCGAUAUGAAAUUUGCUCUUCAAGAGUUUCCUCACCAUUUAAGUGAAGAAAUAAUAACUCUUUUGGACAGAGAGUGUGAUCUUUUAGUUAGAAGGUGCAAUGAUCACCAGCUGGAAUUUUUGAGACGAAGAGUGGCAGCAAGUGUAUUACAAUUUAUAAAAACGUCCGAACUAAAUUCCGGUGUGACCAAGUGCAAAGACGUAAGAGAUUUUCAGAAAAUGGAAAAUGGAAGAUUAUAUUUAUGUGAAAUGUGCCAUCAAGUAAAGUUGCACACGGAAUUUCCCUUGAACGCUAAAAUGAGCGGAUUCCUAGUAUGUAUGUCUUGUUCUUGGAAGGACGUGUCUGAACGGUGCUGGAUCGAUAUGACACCUUACAGAUUUAUACUGAGAGCUGUUCAACGAGAUGAACGUCGUCGCAAAUGCUGGAGCUCAUUAGCCUUUGUUCUGCAGGAAAAAGAUAUAUUCUUUAUAGUGGAAAAGUUGUGGCAUUCCCACUCCGCGAUCAGCGAAUGUGCAGACAUGACAGAAUUGAGGCUGUGUCGUUGGCAUGUUAAAGAGGAUUGGUCCCCGUGGAACUGUUUUUUAGUCACUGUCCAAGAAAUGAAAGCGCAUUUAAAGCUAGAAGAUCCCGAAGGAGUGUACGAUGAAGAACUAGUACGUAAGGUUCAUAAUAAACAUAAACUGGCGCGUGCAAACUUUGAACAAUUAAUCUCUAUUAACAAGCGCUUUACUGAAAGCGGUGACUGGCAUGAAAUUCGCGCUCCGGCUGUCGCUCACGUGGACGCAGUAGAUCGAAUAACGAAUGUUUUAGACUAA